AAACAAAUGAAGUCUACCCGCAUCAACCGCCACCAACUCUUCCCUCUGGCGCUCCCUCCCUCUAACCUGCCCCUCCUUCCCGCCUUACCAUCUUAACAUCCCUUUUGCAGUAUCCCUCAAAUUCGUCGUCCGUAACUUUUGUGUCCUUCGAGGACAGCCCUCGCAGUAGCCAAUCAUGGAAGACCGGAUUCCGUUUGACAUCAACGAAUCGCUGAAGUACUAUUUGAGCGACCCGGCCUCUGUUCCUACCCCUGAUGCUGAUCCGGAGUUGCUCGAUUGCGAAAACGAUCCAGACCAACUGCCUACUGCCUUGAUUGAUAACGUACUAAACCCGAUUGUCGAUGCGGUCGCAGAAAGCCCAGAAGGGCUGGCCCGAUCGUCCUUUUUUGAUUCGCUUCAGUUCUUGUUAAAAUACACGUCACUUUUCCCCACCAGGUCCCUGAGCAAGCUUCUUGAUUUAGUGGUUUCCGGCUUAUCGGUCGAGGCGGAUAUAAUCCAUGGGGAUCUUGAGUCUGACGAGCAGGAUAGCAUACAUAAUCACAAGCAGCUACUAGAAAUGUAUGGCUUCCUUCUGCAAUGGGCACUGAGUGCCGUGGAGGUCAAAGCUGCAGAAAAGCCGGCAGAGCCUGUACCUGCCCGCAGAGGCCUGGGGAAAUCAGCCAGAUCUAAAGCGAAUGCCAAGGAUGGCAACUGGGACUGGACAGCGCAGAUUCAGAUAUCAAUGGAAACCAUGUGCAAGGUGAUGAAGCUCAAGCUCAGCAGGAUAUUUCUAACGACCUCUGAUCGUGAUACAUUCAUAAGUCUGUUCACCCGCUCAAUUUACCUUAUCCUCGAGAGUGAGCAGCGGGUGAAGAGCAUGAGCAUUCGGAUGCAUGCAUUUAAGGUCCUUUGCAUUGCAGUUAAACACCACGGCCAUGCAUUUGGAGCCCAGACCUCCAUUGUACAGAGCUUGACAUAUUUCGAGCAUCUGUCGGAACCUAUGGCGGAAUUCCUACAUAUUCUUGCAGAGCAAUAUGAUUACCCUCAGCUCUCAGACGAAAUCCUGAAGGAGCUUGGAAACAAAGAAUUCAAUUCCAAUGAUACGCGUGGACCCAAGUCGGUGUCUACUUUUAUUGUGAAGCUCUCGGAACUGGCCCCACGACUUAUCAUAAAGCAAAUGACUCUUUUGGCCAAGCAGUUGGACAGCGAGUCAUAUACCCUUCGAUGUGCUGUCAUCGAAGUCUUCGGCAAUCUCAUCUCCGAUCUAAGCCGGCAAGAGGAGCGGAGUGACAACUAUAAAACGCAGAUUAAUGCGUUCUUUGAUGUGCUCGAGGAGCGCUUUCUUGACAUCAAUCCUUACUGUCGGUGCAGAGCCAUCCAGGUGUACAUGAGGAUCUGUGACCUGGAACAGAAGUUCCCCAAGAGACGGCAAGCUGUCGCGGAGCUAGCGGCAAGGAGCCUAGAAGACAAAAGCAGUAACGUGCGACGAAACGCGAUCAGACUGCUUGCAAAGCUGGUUUCAACCCAUCCAUUUAGUGUUAUGCACGGCGGACAGCUCUCGCACAAGGAGUGGACAGCUAGACUCGACGCUGUGGAUGCCGAAUUGAACGCAUUGAGGCCUCCCGAGACACCUGGGUUCGAUGGCGCAGAGGCAUCACAUGUUGACAGUGCAUUAUUGGAUGACGCUACUCAAAUGCCGGAAGAGUCCCCCUCUAAGUCUCUGGGAUUAACUGAGGAAGAAAGGGCGGUUGCAAUCAAGAAAGCCGCUGAACAAGCAGCUACUUCCGAGCUGCUAGCACGACUGCAACUGACGAGGAAGUAUUAUAAUGAAGCUAUUCGAUUUAUCGAAGUCCUUCAAUCCUCCUCCGGUCUGGUUGCCCAGCUAUUGUCGUCAAGAAACAAGAGUGAGGUCAUCGAGGCCAUGGACUUUUUUGUUGUGCUCGACGUGUACAAGGUCGAGACUUCUCGCAGUGGGAUCCGGCGAAUGCUUCGGCUGAUCUGGACAAAAGGUAACAGUGAUGAGGGCAAGGGGGUUCAAACCCAUUUGAUCGACUGUUACAAAGGACUCUUCUUUGAAGCGCCAGAUUCGUUUAGUCCGAAUGAUGCUGCGAAUUACAUUGCGCGAAACAUGAUCAGUUUGACCUUUGGCUCGACUCCUGCCGAACUUACCUGUCUUGAACAGCUAUUGAGUACUAUGAUGAGGGCAGGGCAUAUUUCAGACGCCGUUAUUGCGAAGCUUUGGCAAGUUUACGGCGUGCAGAAGAAAGAGAUCUCUAGGACGCAGCGUCGAGGUGCAAUAAUUGUCCUGGGCAUGCUUGCUUUGGCAGACCCCGAGGUCGUCAUUAAGGAAAUCGAGACAAUGUUACGUAUCGGUCUUGGAAGCCUGGGCAGAUCCGACCUUCUGCUUGCAAAAUAUACGUGCAUUGCGUUACGACGAAUGGUACCAGGUCGCCAGGCAAAGUCCAAAGAUGUUGGCAUCCCCAAGUUGACAAAUGAUCAUGCCGUUUUAACGAAGCUUGCUGCAAUAGUUGAAACGGUAUCCGACAGUAAAGAAUGGUAUGGCGUGGCGGAGCAAGCAAUUGGCGCCAUAUACGCCUUGUCAAAGCAUCCCGACGUUUUGUGUUCUGACCUUCUUAAGCGAAAAACCAGAUCCGUCUUUCAGCCGCAGACUCAAUGGUCUUCUUCGAAAGUCGCUGGGGAGGGGGAACGAUCUGGGACAGCCGCGACGGACGACCAGGAAGCAAGCCAAAGAACGUCCUCCACUGCAUUAUCCCGACUGCUCUUCGUUGUCGGUCAUAUUGCAAUAAAGCAGAUUGUCCACCUUGAACUUUGUGAACUUGACUUCAAGCGCCGUAAAGCCGAGCAGGAGAAGAACAAAGCGGCUACUGCCUCGGCUCAAAAGAACAACGACGCAGCCGAGGAUGACGAACUUGACCUCAUUGGUGGAACGACUGAAGACGACUUCCAGGAUGCUAUGGCACAUAUCCGAGAACGGGAAUUGCUAUAUGGGAAGAACUCACUCCUGUCCAAUUUUGGACCAUUGGUUAUGGAGAUUUGCGCAAAUAGCAACAUCUAUGCUGACCGCAACCUUCAGGCAGCAGCAACGUUGUGCAUGGCUAAGCUGAUGUGUGUUUCAGCAGACUACUGCGAGAAAAACCUCCCUCUUCUGAUAACUAUCAUGGAGCGUUCCGAGGAUCCAACAGUUCGCAGUAACGCGGUUAUCGCCUUGGGAGAUAUGGCGGUCUGUUUCAACCAUCUCAUUGAUGAGAAUACAGACUUUUUGUAUCGUCGACUGAACGACAACGAUGCCUCCGUUAAGCGCACCUGUCUGAUGACGCUUACUUUUCUUAUAUUAGCCGGUCAGGUUAAGGUCAAAGGGCAGUUGGGCGAAAUGGCCAAGUGCCUUGAGGAUGAAGACAAACGGAUUGCUGACCUGGCACGCAUGUUCUUCACCGAGUUGGCGAGCAAAGAUAAUGCAGUUUACAAUCACUUCGUUGACAUGUUCAGCCUUCUGAGUGCGGAACGCAACCUCGAGGAGGCGUCUCUAAGGCGCAUCGUCAAAUUCUUGAUUGGCUUUGUCGAAAAGGAGAAACACGCCCGACAAUUGGCAGACAAGCUGGCUGCUCGACUUCCAAGAUGCGAGACCGAGCGGCAAUGGAAUGACGUCGCCUAUGCAUUGUCUCUCCUUCCUCACAAGAACGAAGAAAUAACGAAGACGAUAACUGCGGGAUUUAAUAAGGUUGUCACCGUCAAUGCCUAGACUGAUGAAGUUAUGCUUUCCUAAUGAUGACUUGGGAUGCUGGUUUCUACGUUGGCGCAAGGAUUCGAAUUCAGCGGAGUUAAAGGCGGGCGUUCUCAAGUGCUGAUGGGAGUUGUGCUUGGUUCAUGGAGUUUUGUCUGUUUUUCUCUGUCUCGUGGAAGCCUUGCUUUUGGGUAUGGACUGACUGUUGAGGUCCACUAUCUGGGGCUCAACCCGGGCGUGAUACUAUAGGAUUC